UCAAUGAGUCGUUAUGCACUAAACACAAAAGACUUCAGUCUCACGCUGAGGAAACCCAAACUGACUGACAGCGGUAUUUACACCUGCUCCAUCAGCAAUGGAAGACAAGAACGGAGACUCAGAGACAUCCAGCUGAAGGUCAAAGACCAGCAGGUGGAGGUGAAGGUGAGGGAAGGGUCACAGUCUGUCAUCCUGCCCUGCAAAACAACACCUGACCUGCCUGAGGCCACCAGAGUGGAGUGGACUCGCUCUGACCUCGGACUCAUGACGGUCCACGUGUAUGCAAACAGGAAUGAUGAAGUCAUGACUCAGGAUGAAGUUUACAGAGACCGAACGAUGAUGAAUGAAGACCUGCUGAGAACUGGAGACCUCAGUCUGACCCUGAAACACCCCACAGAGAGAGACAGUGGAGGAUACAUCUGCACCAUCUACAGGGACAAAGACAUCCUGACACAGAAAGUAGUGCUGCAGGUCAAAAAACCAUUUCCAUCCUGGGCCAUUGCUCUCCUGGUUCUCCUGGUUCUUCUUGUGGUUUCUGGAGGUCUCACAUAUUAUUUCCGGCACUAUUUCAUGUCAGAUUACAAGGUGGAGGUGGAUUCAGGGGAGGAGUCUGUCCGGCUGCCCUGCAAAGCUAUAGUCAGAUUCCUCAAAGACACUAGAGUGGAGUGGAAGGACAGAGAUGGCAGGAAGGUCCAUGUGUAUGAGAAUGGACGUGACCAGCAUGGAGAACAGUACCAGUUUUACAGAGGACGAACAGAGAUGAACAGAAACCUGCUGAAAUUUGGAAACUUCAGUCUGACCCUGAAACUUCCCACAGAUGACGACAGCUCCACCUACACCUGCACCAUCAGCAGGAACGGAAACUUGCUGAAGAAGAAACAAGUGGAGCUCCAUGUCAGAGGUCUGAACAUAGAGGAGGUGGAUUCAGGGGUGGCAUCUGUCCUGCUGCCCUGCGAAACUACCAUAAACCUGCCUGAAGUUGCUAAAGUGGAGUGGAUGACCAAAUUCAACAGGAAGGUCCACGUGUACGAGAACAGAUCUGACCAGCUUCAAGAUCAGGACCACCGUUACAGAGACCGAACACAGAUGACUGAAGACCGGCUGAGAACUGGAGACCUCAGUCUGACCCUGAAAUACCCCACAGACUGGGACACAGACACCUACACCUGCACCACCUACAGCAGGGAGGGAAACAUCCUGAUGAAGAAACAAGUGGAGCUGAAAGUCAAAGUCUGCCAGAAGGAGUUAGAGGAGUUGGAGUCUGUCGAGCUGCCGUUCAAAACCUCAAAAAACCUGCCUGAAGAUGCUGAAGUGGUGUGGAGGGACAGCAAUGACAGGAAGGUCCACGUGUAUAAGAACGGCUCUGACCAGCCUGAUGAACAGCACCAGCUUUACAGAGACCGGACAAAGAUGAAUGAAGACCCGCUGAGAACUGGAGACCUCAGUCUGACCCUGAAACACCCCACAGAUGGAGACAAAGGAGGAUACAGCUGUAGAGUCUACGGGGAGAUCCAGAGAUACAAAAGAGUGCUGCUCAGAGUCAAAGACUGUCAGGUGGAGGAGGGUGAGGGGGCGGAGUCUGUCCAGCUGCCAUUUAAAACAACAGCAAACCUGCCUGGAGAUACCAAGGUGCAGUGGAAGGUCAGUGGUGAUAAAAUGGUCCAUGUGUAUGAGAACGGCUCUGACCAGCCUCACAAACAGCACCAGGAUUACAAAGACCGAACGGAGAUGAAGGAAGACCUGCUGAAAACUGGAGACCUCAGUCUGACCCUGAAACAGCCCACAGAGAGAGACAGUGGAGAGUACAGAUGUGAAGUCGACGGGGAGGUCAAGAGAAACAAAACAGUGCACCUCAAAGUCAAAGGGAGAGUUCAGGUCCAGGAUCAAACAGGGGACAUCAGAACAGAAGCAGCUCCAUGGAUCAGGCUCCUCUGA